AGGGCGGGAAAUACCUGGGAGGAAGACGGAACAGCGUCCCGACUUGAAGCUCUCAGCACUUUUUCCCAACAGGACCCGGGCGGUUUAUAGCAGUCGAGCGGCGGGAAAAGCUCGGGGGAUCCUCGCUCGCCGGGACUCAGCGAACACCUUCCAGAUGUCUUGUCAAAUUUUGCCAUAAUCCCUUGCUUUUGGAUGAACUGAUUGGACUGAGGCGAGUUGAAGUUUGAAAUACCUGAUAUAUUCCAUAGUGUAUGCAUGGAGGUUUAAGAAAUCUUUGAUCCAAAAUAACUCUGAAAAUGGAAACCUCAUCUUUGCUGUCAUCUUUACAUGAUGAAUGCAGAUCCGACAACUACCUUGAGCCGCACUACAAGGAAUGUUACAGACUUGCCAUUGAUGUGUUAAUUGAAAGUGGUUCAGAGGCUUACCAAGAAUUUCUUGCUAAGGAAAGAUGUUCUGAGUUUCUGGCAGAAGAUGAGAUUAAUUAUAUAUUAAACACUGUUCAGAAAAUCCCCCCAAACAUGGUUUAUGCUACUGACAACAGUGUUGAUGAUGCCUCUUCCUCAGGAACAUACUGGCCUAUGGAAUCCGAUGUGGAAGCACCUAAUCUUGACUUGGGUUGGCCUUACGUAAUGCCUGGAAUUUCUGGUGGUACAAAUAUUGAACUUCUUUUCCACCCACCACGAAUACAACCUUUUACAAUAAAAGAAACUAUUAGGAAGAUGAUUAAAGAAGCAAGAAAGGUUAUUGCCAUAGUUAUGGAUAUAUUUACAGAUGUAGAUAUUUUCAAAGAAAUUGUAGAAGCAUCUACCAGAGGAAUUUCAGUCUAUCUUCUGCUAGACGAAUCAAACUUCAGCCAUUUUCUUAAGAUGACAGAGAAACAAGGUUGCCAAGUCCAAAGGCUCAGGAACAUGAGAGUACGUACUGUACAAGGACAAGAUUAUUUCUCCAAGUCAGGGGCAAAAUUUCAUGGAAAAAUGGAGCAAAAGUUUCUUCUUGUUGACUGUAAGAAAGUUAUGUAUGGUACCUACAGCUUUAUGUGGUCAUUUGAAAAAGCCAAUCUCAGUAUGGUCCAGAUAAUCACAGGACAGCUUGUUGAAUCAUUUGAUGAAGAAUUUAGGACACUGUAUGCCCGUUCUUCUGUUCCCAGUUCAUUUGCUCCUGAAUUAGUUAGAAUCAAUAGCUGCCGAGCACUCUGGGAAAAUGAAGCCUAUCAGCACUCACGUUCUUCUUUAGCUUCCAUUUCCAGUCAGCGUAACCAUUCCGGGUGGCAAGACAAAAUUCAUAAUUUGGAUCCCACCAUUCUGAACACACGACAUACUGCUAGAUAUGGAAUAAAUGAAAAUGACCAGUUCAAUCCUAGAAAUCAUCACCUUCAUAAACCCCCAUUUGCUCCAGGUUUCCAUAUGCAGAAUAGAAUACAGCAGUAUCAGCCCAAUGAUGUAAAUGAACAUUGGAAAAGGCACAGUUAUGCAGGGGAGAAGCCAGAAAGGACUCCUUAUUUGAUGCUCAAUAGAACAACUAAUCGGGCAAAUAAUCCAUCAAACCUUUGGAAAGUACCUUCCGAUAGCCUCAGUAUUGUAUCUUCAUUGCACGGGAGCCAUACCAAUCACAAGGUGCCUCAACAGAGCUUAGCUGACCGAUUUCCACCGCCAAAGCUCAAUAUCGCAGACAGGAACUCGAUUAUACGGAGAUCUUUCAAUGGCACUGACAGCCAUAUCCGUUUUCUCCAGCAGAGAAUGCCAACCCUUGAGCGCACCACAAAAUCUUUCCUACGCAACUGGCGCAUUGAAUCAUAUUUAAACGACCAGUCAGAUUUCCCGGCGGAUUCAAACGGUUCAGGGUUAGGAGAUAGGGCCGAGAGUUAUGAUGCAGCAGAUAAUAUCAAAGCCCAUGCCCUUUAUGCCCAUUCUCGGCUUCGCUCCUCGUUUGUUUUCAAGCCCACAUUGCCAGAACAGAAAGAAGUAAACAGCUGUGCCAGUUCUUCCAAUUCAACGAUCAUUGGUUCAGAAGGCAGUGAAACACCUAAAGCAACCCCCAAUCAUAACCUUAAACAGAAAGAUGAAACCGAUGGCACUAAGGCUGAACCAAGCCCUAACAUCCCACUGGAGCCUGAUAUAGUAAAAAAUCAUACCUUGCAGAUUUCAGAAGAUAUAAAGCCAAGUGCAGCAUUACCUGUUUCUAAGGAGAAACCUCCUUAUAUAUAUUCUUCUCUAAACAGAAGCAAGCCAGGAGAAUUUCGAAAGAAUCCUCAAAAUGAAAAUAUGUUGAAAAGGCGAAGUUUUCCUAUGUUUGAUCAUUCAAAGUCUAUUAUGGAUCAUGGUGACAGCAAAGAGGCAUCCAGUUAUAUUUACAGUACAUUAAAUAGGAAUAGAUUUAAGCAUCCAAAGCCCCCUCUAGAAGAUAGCUGUAAAAACUCAAAAAGCUUGCACAGUACAACAAAUCACGUGUCAGAUAAGGAUAAAAACUAUGAAAUCGAACCAAAAGAGUCGCCUAGUGCCAAGGCUGUUUCUGUAGCUGCACUAGUUGAAUCUAGCAAAGAAGAACCUAAUAAAGAUGCCUUGUCAAAGAAAGAAAAUAAGCAUUCCCCAAAUUUCCUGAAAAAGGGAUCACAGAAACUAAGGUCUUUGUUGAACCUUACACCAGAAAAGAAGGAAAAUUUGUCCAAAAACAAAACUCCUGCUUUUUAUAGAAUGUGUAGCAGUUCUGACACUUUGACGUCAGAAUGUGAUGAAAAUCAAAAACCCAAAACCUCUGAAACAAAGAUGGAUUGUUCUCCUAGAAGGAAAAGAACCUCCUCAUCAAAUUCACAAGGGAGCCUACAUAAGAGUAAAGAAGAUAUUGCCAUCAGGCCUAAAUCACCCAAAUCUCCCAAGUCUCCCAAGCCCCCCAAGUCUCCCAGGCCUCCAAAAGCUCCAUCCGAUGAAAAUGCUAAAAGAGGGCCUACCGUGAAACCCUUGGAAAGCAUCCUGUUAGAAGUACCUCCUGGUGACCCUUCAGCCCCCAGAUUUAAUACAGAACAAAUUCAGUACCAAGAUGUUAGAGAGUUGCGUGCCAAUGCAAACCGUGAGCGAGUAGCCCAGCCUGUUCAAGCAAUCCCUCCGCAAAGAAUGGGUGGGCCAGGCUCUCGCCUGCCCAGCCCAAAGCCUCAUGAAGAGCUCAUAAGACCUCGCUUCACUGAAAGGCGGGUUUACAGUCGCUUUGAACCAUUCUGCAAAAUAGAAAACUCGGCUCAGCCAAUGAGCAACACAACCAAAGCCAGCAGUCAUUUGCCAGAGGGAAAUAGCAAGACCACCCAUAAUAAUUAUGGAAGGAGCAAUCAGGUGCUUACUUACAAUCCUGGUUUAUAUCACCCACUGCAUCCAAACGAAAACAAAUUUCGAGGAAUUAUGCAAAAGUUUGGGAAUUUUUUGUAUAAAAACAAGUGAAACCUGGGUGAGGGAGUGACUUCUAAAAACCUUUCAGUGUUGUAAAUACCUUACAAAUUAGACUGAUGGGCAGCUUUCAUAAAGCUUAAUGGUAUAGUUAUUGCAGAACACUGCCGUAUAUGUAUAUAAUAAUCAUUCCAAAACAUUGGCUAGAUGGAAGUUUUGGAAUUGGGUUUUUAUGUAUUUGUAUAUUAAAUUUGAGAUUUGCUCAAAUUCACUUUGAUGCUUCAUAUUUUAAAAAUAAUAAUAAAAAAUAUGACAUAGCAAGCCAAAGAAAUCAUUUGAACUCCAAUCACAAAAAGAUCACUUAUUUCACAAUAUUUCUCCCUUUUUCAUAAUAAAUCCUCAUUCGUAAUUCAUCACAGUCUAUCUGCUUUUUAGUUUUUCCUUCUCUAAAGGAAAUAUGUAACUUUGUACAUAAUAUAUUUUUUUAUUGGAAGUGCAGAAUUAUUCUCUAUCUACAAUUUUCAGUAGCAACCACAUGUACAUCAUAUGCAAACUCACCAGUUAAGAGUUAGUUUUAUGUAUGAAUCAAGCUACCAUGACUUUUCUCACAACUUGGGUGUUCAGGAAAUUGACAUGGGCUUGCCAUUUUAUCUCUUCUUGCAUGUAUAGUCCCUAUUUCCUGAUUUUCUCUAACCAUACUUGUCACUUUGGGAACUAAUAACUUCUAAUGCCUCAUAACAUGGUUUGCAACUUUCAAACAAGUUAACCGCAUUUUGUCAUUUUACAAAUCACCACUAAACUAGUGUUAGGGAAAAUAGAAGUUAGGGAAGAAAUCCAUAUGCAAAGAGGAGGUAACUUCCAACUCAUCUCCAGGCAAGAUUCUUAGGCCUAGACAAUUGUUUUAUUAAAUCUGGAUAUGGUGCAACAUAUUGAAUUACUCUCAUUGCCUUUUCAGUAUUUACAUAUUUUAUGUAGCAAAAGGCAGAGUUGUUUUAUCUUCUACAACCGCACAGUCAUAAAACACAUAUGCUACUUGUAAUGGAUGACCCAAAAUGUCUGUCUUAAUGAACUACUGAUGCUGUUGCUGCUAUCAGAUUCUUGAAAAGUCCUGGUUUUAGAAAAUCACACAUCCAUAGUUUUUUCUGCUUCUAUUAUGACACCAUUUUAUGAUCACUGGGCGGUGCAAAAAUAAGGUGUUUUAGAAAAUGAGUCUUAAUUUAAAGCAUGUGAGUCCUCUAAGGAUAUAAGACAAGCCAGGAUACUGGAUGCUUUGUCAACAUAAGCAGGCAAGGGUUGGUUUUUACCAUAAUAAUCUCAACUCCCCUGAGGUUUUUAUAUGUGUCUGUGUCCAUGCAUGUGAAUGUCAAGUUCAGUAUUCAAAUCAGAGUAAACCUUACAUAAGUAGAUCUGCAAUGUCUGCAGAAUGAUUUAUAGCAAAGAUUGAAUCACAAGGUUCAUUGAUGAGUUAGUUGAAACAAAAAACCUUAAUUUUUAGUAUGGCAUGUUACACUUUCACAGUCAUUAAAUACAAGGUCUUCAAUACCUCAGAACUUAAAUGUUAACAACUUACAUUGUUUAACAACUUACAUGUUUACAUUAAAAUAUUUUGUAAUUGAAGUAUUUUCUUUAAUCCAAUAUUAUGUCAAUAUUGAUAUCGUUCCUCUGAAGUUCUAAAGCACAUGGGAGAAAAACCAUCAUAUAAAUUCCUGAUAAAAAAGUCAGAUUUUUCUUAAUAAAUGGUAUGCUGCCAGCCAUUCCCGUGUUAAUCUUCCAGACCACUUUCCCAUAGGAUUGCAUUAUAUUCAAAA